AUGGCUUAUAGUAGAGAAUGUGAAGAUUUCUGUAUAUUUAAUAAACCAGCAUAUAUAAAUUUAAUUAAAAAAAAGACAGAUAAAUAUAACAAGUAUUUUACCUUUCAAAAAAAAUUAUAUGAUAGAUGUACACUGUAUGACUGGUAUACUUCAAUUACUAAUCCGUUGUAUAUUAAAAAUAUAGACAGACCUUUAUACGAUUAUUUGAAACUUAACCCAAAUAUUUUUGAAAAUUGUAAGCAGAAUUUUCUGCAAGAUAAUAAGAUUAUAUUAAAUGAUAAAUUAUUAAGUAAAAGGCAGCAGAUCAUUAAUAAACCUUUGCAAUUACGAGAAAUAUCUAGUAUUACAUUAUUAGAACCCAAAGCAAAUUUUAGGACAAUUACUAAAACAAAUUCGGUAACCAAAACUGUUUUUAAAAAAAAUUUAGUACCCUUAGAGUUACCUACGAUUUAUGACAGGGAUGUUGAAUAUAAAACAGAUCUGACUUCUACUAUCUUUAGUACCACUACAGUAAUAAAAAGAGAGAUUCAAACUAAGACAAUAACUAAAAAUAGAAUAGAGACUAGUACGAUUUUUAAAAAUAAUGUAGAAACCAAAACACUUGUUAAAAAUAAUAUAAAAACUACUACGCUUGUUAAAAAUAUAAUAAGAACCAAAACGCAUAAUAUAUUUAUUUAUGACGAUAGUCCUCCUCCUACAGUAACAAUAUUUAAAACGAGAGAUCUACAAGUAAGUGAAGUAAAGACAACUGAUGUGAAAGUAAGUGAAGUAAAGACAACUGAUGUGAAAGUUGAUGAAGUAAAGACAACUGAUAUGAAGGCUGAUGAAGUAAAGACAACUGAUGUGAAGGCUGAUGAAGUUAAAACAAACGAAGCAAAGACAAGUGAAAUAAAAACAAACGAAAAAAAUCCAAGUGAAAUAAAGACAAGCGAAGUCAAAACGAACGAAACAAAGUCAAGUGAAGUAAAGACAAGUGAAAUUAUUUUUAACAUUAAAACAGAAAAUUUAUCAAUAAAUAACAAUCCCCCAUUUGUAUCACCUCAAGAUAUUUACAUAGUUGAUAUAUUACCACCACAAUACAAUGCAUCUUUAGAUAAAUAUACUGAUACAUUUAGCCUUAGCAUGAAUGAUGAUUUACAAAGUACAAUACUUGUUGAUGUAAAUUCUAAACAAAAUGGCACUAUAGAAGCAUCUAUUAGUAGAUCUACUGUAUUAUUGUCCAGUUACCAGCCAUCUACAGCUACUAAAAUUAUUUUAACUCAACCUGAAACUUUAAGUCAAACAGUCAAGAUAGAAGAAUAUGAAAAACAGUCAAAUAAUUUACCGCAUGAUGAUAUGAAAAAUAAUAUUGUGUAUGUGCCAGAUAAAAUACUUACCAUUGAUUUACCAGAUUUAAAUUAUGCAAAAGAAAAUAGUUUAAAAUCUACAAUUAUUAGCUUAGAAGGACAACUUUCAGGGCCUGUACAAAAAAAUAAUAUAGAAGAUAUACAAAAUGUAAAUAAAUCAUCACUAUCAAAUUUAUUGACUAUUGAUACACCAUUUGAUGAUACAAAUCAAACUUCUACAAGUUCCAAACUAAUUAGCCAAAACACUAGUACAGUAAAUAUAUUUAAAACUACAUCAUUAACAAGUAAUAAUAAAUUUACAGUACAAAAUAAUGACAGUGUUUUAAAUGUAGAUAAUCAUAAUACUAAAGUAGUUACUAAGACUAUUUCUAGUACUGUUACAAUUAAAAUUCCUAGAAAAACCAAAUUAAAUAAUGGAUUUAAAAGACACACAACUACUACAACAGUUGUGAAUGUCAGUACAAUUUAUAAACCAAAGAAAAGAAGUAAUGGAUUUUUUAAAAAUUUAAUAAACAAGAUGACAGGUAAAAAUAAGAAUAAUUUAGAAAAUAACACCAAUUUAAAUUUAUUAAAUUCUAAAAGUAAUAAUAAUAUUAUGUCAUUAAAAGAUAUACAGACAAAUAUUAAUAAAAAAUAUGCUACAGAUAUAAAAUCUAUAACAUAUUCAAAUAUAAAUAAUAUAGUAACAGUUACUAAGAACAUCAGUGAUAACUUACCAGUAUCAGUACACAUAAAAGAUCACAAAAAUAGUGUAAAAGUAAAUAGCAUUAAUAAUUCUAAAUACAAUACAUCUACAAAAGUAAUAAAUACUUUUUUAAAUAAUAAGAAGGAUAUUAAUAAUAGAAAUAAUAAUUAUUUACAAAAUUCUAACAAGGAUCUUUUAAGUACAAAUUCUUUUAGAAAUUCAUCCACAGUCACUUCUUCAGAUGUCCCCGAUAAACUAUUAUCUACUACUAAAAUUAAAACAGUUCCUAGUCAAAAUUGUACCCUUAUUUUAGAUAUAGAAAUAGAUACGCCUUCUAAAGCAGUAAAAAGGAAUAAAACAGUUACAGAAUUUAAAACACAAGUAGUAACAGAUACUAUUACAUCUACUACUAUAAUUUAUUCAAUAGAUACAAUUACAUCUACUCUUACUUUACAAUACCAAGAUACAAUAUCACCCCUUCCACAAUAUAGAACUUUUGUAACAUCUAUUGUUUACAUAAAUUCUUAA